AGUUCUGGCUAAUCUGUCCACGUAGCAGUAGGCAUUGUUAUUUUGUGCAAGCCAUGGGUUGCUUGGCGGGAAAGAACAUGCAGGAGCCGCAGCAGCCUAUGCUGUACAGGCCACAGGACUACGCCUACGACUGCCAAUACGAACAACGCCCUUACCCUGGCUAUGGCCAGCCUGGCUAUGGUCAGCCCGGCUAUGGUCAGCCCGGCUAUGGUCGGCCUGGUUAUGCUCAGUCAGAGUACGGUCAGCCCUUGUAUGGCCAGCCCGUCUACGGCUAUGAGCCCGGCAUGCCAGGCUAUGCGCAGCCACCUUAUGCCCAGCCACCUCCGCCCGGGCAAUUCGAAGGUGACUACCAGAGUGGACCAUCCGAGCGCGGGAACGGCACAAGGAUGGCGCUGGCGGCUGGUGGAGGUGUGGCGGUGGGUGCUGGCACUGUCUUCGCCGUGGAGCACGCGGGGGAGAUUGGCCGAUUUGCUGAGAACGCGGUGGACGAUGUGGGCGGCUUUGUUGGUGACGGCUUCCGUGAUGUGGACAACUUGGUUAGAGACAUUUUCUGAGCGUUUGAGUUGGUGGCCCUCAACUGCAGGGCCGAAGAAGAAUGAUGACACAGAACUUGCACAUGUAAAGACCGUCCAGGUGAAGCUUGGGCUUAGUUAGCAGGUCGCGUUCUAGCUGAUGCCAUUCUGGCCACUACAGCGCCUUCUUGUUGAUAUGUACAGCUGGCUAAGAUAUUGCCAGAUCAAGGACGGCAAACUCACUCAUGUCUGCUCAUGAAUCUCAAGAGUGAACGGCGUGGAUUG